AUGAUGCAGGAAGCGACGGAAUUCUUCCACAAGUGGCGGUUUAGUGUUAGCGGCAAGAAGACCCAGGUCGUGUCCUGCGGUGCUGGCGAGGCGCGCACCCUCCUCGAUCGUACCUGGUCGAUUGGAGCAGAGACCAUCGAAGAGGUAUGCUCAUACAAGUAUCUUGGCAUACACUUUGAAAAGAGUGGACUCUGGAAAAAGAUGCUGUCUGUAAAUCUAGACAAAGCGAAUAAAGCCUACAAGCAGCUCUAUCAGAUCGGAUAUGGUGACUCAGGGCUCCAAAUCGGACAAUCAGCCGAGCUCUGGAAUCUGUUUGCUCGCCCGAAAUUGCUGUAUGGUGCAGAGGUCUGGACGAGGACAAGCCUAUACUGCCGCCAGCAACCGGCAAAAAAACGGGGGGCCGAGUCUGCGAAAGUCUCCGAGCAGAUUGCAGGCAAAGAGGACGCGAGCCAACUCUCUGCUCUUCUAGAGGGAAAGCCGGUGGACCCAGAACCGAAACCACUGGGUAAAAGAGAACGCGAAUCUGUGGGGUCAGGGGCAAAAGCGGACGGCGAGGGGGAGGGCUUGAGUCUGAAGAAAGUCAAACGAGCAGUGUUGAACCGGGAGUCGGUGCGCGCCAUUGUGCAAGAGGAGAACGGGUUGCUGCUAGUUGGAACGGAGAACAAGAUGCGGGUUGUGAUUCGCGAAGAGCUCAAAGCCCUCCUCGGGAUUUCGAGUCCAGGUGACACGUUGCAAGCCGCCCUCACCCGAGCCUACCAAGAAACCCUUAGAGCGGCCCUCAUAGAUGGCCAACCAAAACCGGAGCCAUACGCUUCGUUUGUGUCAGGAACCCUUGGGCCUCGGCGCGCGGACUGGGGGGACAUUGCCAAGCUGAGUGCAAUAGGCUCAACGUUGGACGACGUUGAAAGGCUGGUCAAGAAUAAGGCGGAUGCGGAUGCCGUACGCGAGCUGAAGAAUAUUGCGCUGGACGGGAAAGCAGUUUUGGACAGCCUCAAGUUCAACGAAACCUCUAGGGACCAGAAACUCGACCACCUUCGCAACUUGCUUGCUAGCGGUGCCGGCGCUUCUCAGGCGUCUCUCCUGCAAAAUCCGUUUAGCAACCCCUGGGGAUCCCAACUCGCAACUCCCUCUAGCGGCCUUGGCGGAAGCGGGCCCCAAACGGUUCAGUCCCUGGCAGCCCUUGGGCAACCCCCCCCCUCCUUUGCGGCCGCCGUCGCUCCCGUGUUAGAUCCCCGCCAGGCUCAGACCCAGUCCGCCGGUGGAACCCUCCCCGUCCGAUUUGGAGGAAGCCAAGGCCGCAGAAGCUCGCGCAGCUCUCGCUGCUCGGCGGUUGGCCGACGAUCGCCUCGCAGUUGCAAUACGCGCAAAAAUGGCACAGGGGCGUCUGAUCGAUGCGGAGGGACUCCCCAGGACUGCGGACGGCAUCAAGGCCCUUCUCCGCGACAGCCUGGACUUCCCGGCGGCGGCCAUUGA